AUGAGCUGGAUAUGGGGAAGCGAUGCCACAGCGGAACAAGCCAACAUGGUGGUGAUGUCGUUGCAAGGAGAACUGGACGAACGCCAGGCGACGAUUGAAGCCCUCGUAAAGGCGCUCAAGCGAGAAAAGGAAGAGUAUAAGCAGGCACUCAUCGACGAAGUCCACGACCUUCACGAACGCAAGAAGGCCUUGACAGAUGAACUCGCACAAAUUGACGCACUCAUCAGUGCCAAAACACAGCAAAUCACACUGGGCAACAAACCCAAGUCGAAAGGGCGAGCAACAGUUGCAGUCAGCCCGUCUGCAACUGAAGCAGCACCGACGGUUCCUCCUGCGCCAGCACAACCUACCGCGGGCAAGCAGCCCAAGAAGAAAACGACUGCUAUCAUGCACGACGCAGUUGAGCCUGAAGCCGAAGCCUCCGUCGCUCCGAGUAGCAUCCGCGUCGCCUCCACUCACCCCGAACUUCAGAAGGUGCGCGAAAUUGAUGCGCAAACGGCAUUUAUCAUUCAGCGCAGUAAUAAUGCGAAUACAGUCGUGUACAAGGGCAACUUGGCAUCCAACAACGUAGCCCUCGACCCCAAAGCCCCAUUGCACAUCUACUGGAUCAUGUUCGCUCUACCCGGCAACCCCGUCCCGACAGAAGAGUUGAACAUGAUCGAGAGAAACACUGCGUAUGGCGCUACAGCGACCCCGUCCGAAACGACCGCGGGGGAGUACGGCGUGGCGCUUGCAUCGUUAAAAGAUCGAAGAAUCGUCAUCUUUGUUGACUCAAACGGCCAGGUUCGUGCGCGCUCGACUGUUAACGGCAAGGCGAACGUGUACUUGGAGCGGGUGUACGUCCAGUCGACGACCAGUUGGGGGCUUCCCAAGGUGGAAUACGUCGAGAUCUUUGGGGUCGACCCAGUCACGCAAGAACGCGUGUACGAGAAGAAGCUACCUUAA